CUGGCAGAAGUUAUCUUGCACCUAUUGUUCUUGAAGGGGAGGGCAGUGUCCCCUUCUUGGCCCUUUGAUGGUUAAGGGAAACGACCGGACACAGCUUGUGAUGGACAAGAUCAGCAAAAUGGACUGGGCAGCUGGAGGUGAGGAAUAGACUUCUCUGGAUAACCUGUCUAUGUCUGAUGAACUCUCGUCAUUCUUCCCUUGACUGCUUUGCUGUUAAGGCUAGACGUGUCCCAUACAGUGAGUGGAGAAGGAACAGGUCUGAGAGUUUGAUUUGUUCUUGCUCACCCUACUCAAAGAUGUCUUACAACCCUUCCUUCAUCAGCGCAAGGCCUGGAGAGGAUCCCAAGGGUGGUAGUUUCUUGGAGGAAAGCAGCGGUGGGGGUGAUGACAGUAGUGUCCUGGGAGGGGACAGCCUGGUCACGGGGCCACUGGGUGCAGUGCUGCUGGUCAUGUGCCUCACUGGGAUGGUGGGGAACAUCUACACAGUGGCGGUGGCCUCUGGCAGGGUGGUGGGCUACUCAGCAGGCUCCCUGGGGGUCUAUGUGAUCAACCUUGCCCUGGCUGACCUCCUGUACCUGUCCACCAUCCCCUUCGUGGUUUGCACCUAUUUUGCCCAUGACUGGUUCUUUGGGGAUGUGGGCUGCAGGCUUUUGCUCAGCCUGGACCUCCUCACCAUGCAUGCCAGCAUCUUCCUUCUGACCGCUAUGAGCCUGGAGAGGUACUGGGCGGUGGCGAGGCCGCUGCAGGCCAGGCGGGUCAGCAAUGCUUACCGCAAACUGGCCAGUGCCGUCCUCUGGCUCCUCUCGCUCCUGCUUACGGCCCCCAUGAUGGUGAUGACCCAGCUGCAGGAGGGGGACAGGCCCCACAAGCGCAUCUGCAGCCCCACCUGGACACCAGCAGCUUUCCGGCUCUACCUGACAGUGCUGUUUACCACCAGCAUCCUGGCACCCGGUGUGGUGCUGGGCAUCGUCUACACCCGCCUGGGCUGGGCAUACCAGGCCUCAGCCUGGGGCCUGGGGCUGCCAGUGGCCGGCCGGGCCCCCUCCCGGCGGCUCUUCUCCAGGAUCUCUGCCAUUGUGGUGGCCUACUGGGCCUGCUUCCUCCCCUUCUGGGCCUGGCAGCUGGCUGGGCUGUACCAGAAGGAUGGGCUGGGCAUCGGCCCCACUGCCCAGGCCUACCUCAACUUUGGUGUCACCUGCCUGGCAUAUGGCAACAGCUGUGUCAACCCCUUCCUCUACACCCUGCUUGCCAGCAGCUACCACCGGCGCCCUGGCCACAGUGGGAUGGGCAUGGCACAGCCUGCAGCACCCUCCCGGCAGGCUGCAGGAAGCCACAGCCUCCCCCUGACUUUCAAGGAGUUGUCAGGGUCUCUGAGGGAAAGCGAGGGGUGAGC